CAUUCAUUCAUUUAAUUCCAUUGCCCCGCCAACGCCAACGCCUCCGCUGCCGGACCCCCCCAAUCCACCUCCAUUUUUAACAACUUUAAUUCCUCCCUCCUGCCUAACAUGGCCGCCGCUCCUGCUUCAAAAUUACUACCAAAUAUUUGCUUAACCCUUUUCCUUUCUCUAAUUCUUCUCCUCCUUUUCUCUCUCAUUUUAGCCUUCACUGUUUUCAAGCCCAAACAGCCUAUCAUCGUCGUCGAUUCAGUUUCUCUGCUCGAUCUAAACGUUUCUAUAACCGACGGCGUCCAUCUUAGUUUAUCGCUCAAUGUGGAUCUAACCGUCCAGAAUCCCAAUAAAGUGGGCUUUGAAUACUCUGAAAGCACGGCCGUUGUGAUUUACAGAGGUGAAAAGGUGGGAGAAGCGCCGAUUCCAGGUGGACGUUUACCGGGGAAAGGAACGGAGAAAAUGAACCUAACGUUAACCAUAAUGGGGGACCGGAUGCUGGGGAAGUCGGAGGUGUUUUCCGAUGUGGUUUCGGGUCAACUUCCGAUAAGUACCUUCGCUCGGUUACCUGGAAAAGUGAAGGUGAUGAAUGUUCUGAAGAUUCAUGUUGUGGCGUCGACGUCUUGUGAUCUCAUAAUUGAUGUUAAGAACGAAAGUUUUGGAGAUCAACUAUGCCAAUACCGGACUACGCUUUGAGAUCAAUUUCAGUUAGGCUUAAAAUUUGGUCCAUAAAACUUUGCAUCCAAUGCAUCUGUUUUUGGUCCUCAUGUACAAAUUCAUCAACUCUUUAACACAAUUAUUGGAAUGAUGCUUUA